ACAGUUAGUCAGUUGAGCACGCACCAUUGAGCGAGGUGGAGUGUCUAAAUUGGUUGCUGCUCCUCUGUGUGUGUUUGUUUGUGUUUGUGAGUGCGUCUUUGGAGCAACGAACGAUUGGGAGUCUAUUAAUUCAAGAUGCGAAUUACAUACAUCAUUCUAGCUACGCUCAGCGUAACGCUAGCGGCGCCUUCAACCGAAACUUCCGCUUCCUCAAUGGAGGAGCUGAACAACAAAUGUGAUCACAAGUUGACGAAAUCGAACAAAUAUUUGGAUUAUCCAUUUUGGAAGAAGUUCUUCAAGCAUUGGGUUCCAUUCACAAGUAGCUCGCGUGUCAAAAUGCAAUUCUUUCUAUUCAAAAAGGAUUUCCCUGAUUGCGGUCGAGAACUUUUCCCAGGCGACGAUGAAACCUUGGAGCAUUCUGGUUUCGAUUCACGUCAUCCCACACGCAUUAUAAUACAUGGCUGGAUGAGUCAGGGCAAGGGAUCGCUCAAUCGAGACGUGAAGACCGCCUAUCUGAGCUUGACAAAACCGCGACCCAAAGCUGAAGGUAAUGAAGAUAACGAAAUCAAAAUUCCUCUCUAUGAAGACUUCAAUAUUGUUGUCUGCGAUUGGAGUAAAAUUUCCUCGAAUGUGAAUUACUUUGGGGUCGCCGAUAUGGUCGAAGAUCUGGGAUUUCUACUCGCCGAAUUUGUGCGUCAUCUUCACAUGCGAGCGGGACUUAACUAUGAUGAUGUUUACUUGAUUGGUCACUCGUUGGGUGCCCAAAUCGCCGGAAGUGCUGGAAAACAAAUAAAACCCUAUCGCUUCAAUACGAUAUAUGCCCUGGAUCCGGCUGGACCUGCUUUCCGUGAUCAGAGCGAUGAAUAUCGCGUCGAUGCCAGUGAUGCGCACUAUGUGGAAUCGAUACAGACGAGCACGGGGUUAGGUUUUGAGCAGCCCGUCGGACAUGCGUCGUUCUAUCCGAACUUUGGCAAGGAUCAGAAAAAGUGCUAUAUGUAUGGCUGUUCGCAUAAGCGAGCUCACGAUUAUUUUGCCGAGUCCAUCAAUAGCACCAAGGGCUUUUGGGGCAUUCGCUGUGAACGCAUGUCACGCAAGAAUUGGAUAUUGCUGGAUAAUGACGGCGAGUUUCGCAUGGGUGGCGAACCUUCGAAUCCCAAGAACGGCACCUUCUAUGUGAAGACCUACGAUAAACCUCCUUAUGCCAUGGGCAAAAGAGAGGAGCUGGCCAAGGAACCGCCCAAGGAGGAAGCUACUACUAUCGUUUAUCAUUAGGAAAGUAUUACAAAUAAUAUUUAAUGUGCACAGCGAGUGAGAUUGUCAGAGAUAUUUCUAUAGAUUCCUAGCCAAGCUACGAAAUAGUUUCGAAUAUUAUUCAUUUUUGUAUAAUUCUCAAAAAUGUAUAAAUACAUUUUAAAUAAAUAUUAUAAUCAAAAAGAA